UUCAUGCAUCGCAGGGUUCCGCCUCCAAGGUGAGGCGAGGAUGGGGGGGGGGGGGCUCGGGGGGGCUCUCCCUUCCUCUCCUCUUCAUCUCCUUCGCUGGUUCUGUCGCUCUCCCGGCUCGUGCCUGCGCCUCGGCCGCACAGCAGCAGCAGCAGCACCGGCACCGGCACCGGCACCGGCAUCCCCGCCCGCCCUCGUCGAGCAAGCAGGACAGAAAUGCAAAGAGACGGAAGAUGGCAGAGCUGCAAAUGUUGUUAGAGGAGGAAAUCCCCGCCGGCAAACGGGCUCUCGUGGAGAGCUACCAGAACCUUUCUCGGGUCGCCGAAUACUGUGAGAACAACUACGUUCAGGCUCAAGACAAGAGGAAGGCCCUGGAGGAGACCAAGUCCUACACCACCCAGUCUCUGGCCAGCGUGGCUUACCAAAUCAACGCCUUGGCCAACAAUGUGCUCCAGCUGCUGGACAUCCAGACCUCGCAGCUCCGGCGCAUGGAGUCCUCCAUCAACCACAUCUCCCAGACGGUGGACAUUCACAAGGAGAAGGUGGCCCGUCGUGAAAUCGGCAUCCUGACCACCAAUAAAAACACCUCUCGCACCCACAAGAUCAUCGCCCCGGGCAACAUGGAGCGGCCCGUGCGCUACAUUCGAAAACCCAUCGAUUACACGCUGCUGGAUGACGUGGGCCACGGAGUCAAACAAAACGGGAACAAUGCCGCCGGACGAGGAGGAGGAGGAGGGACGCUGUCGAGGACCAAUCCACCCACCCAGAAACCCCCGAGCCCCCCGAUGGCUGGCCGCGGUACUUUGGGGCGGAACACGCCCUACAAGACGCUGGAGCCGGUCAAGCCUCCGGUGGUGCCCAACGACUACAUGACCAGCCCGGCCCGUUUGAGCGGCCAGCAGAGCCCCGCGCGUACGGCCUCCCUCAAUCAGAGGCCCCGGACGCACAGCGGCAGCAGCGGCGGCAGCGGCGGCGGCGGCGGCGGGAGGGAGAACAGCGGAAGCGGCUCGGCGGGCGUCCCCUUGGCGGUCCCGACCCCUUCCCCUCCCAGUAUGGGCCAAGCGGCGACGGCGACGUCUUGCGCCUCGGUGCCGCAAGGUCCCGGGCCGGGCCCCAUCCCCAUGUCCCAGUUCGGCACCAUCUCCCGGCAGAUCUCGCGUCACUCCUCGUCCGCCACCUCCUCGGCCUCCAUGGUGUCGGCCACGGGGACGUAUCGGCGCGCUCCCUCGGCUUCCUCGCAGCAGCCCCACCUCAACGGGGGUCCGACUUUCCCGCAAAACUCGGUGUCGGUGGCGCCUCCCCCCCCUCCGACGGUCCAGCUGACACCGCAGAUCCCUCUGACGGGCUUCGUGGCCAGAAUGCAGGAGAGCAUAACUGACAGCCCAGCGCCGCCGCCUCCGCCCCCGCCCGAGGACUCGGGCGCGUUCGAGGAGCCGUCGGCGCCGCCUCCCCCGCCUCCCGUCGACUAUGAGGAAGAGGAGGCCGCCGUUGUCCAUUACAGCGACCCCUACGCUGAUGGAGACCCCCACUGGGCCCCGAAAGUCUAUUUGGAGAAAGUCGUGGCCAUCUACGACUACAGUAAGGACAAGGAGGACGAGCUCUCCUUCAUGGAAGGAGCCAUCAUUUAUAUCAUCAAGAAGAACGACGACGGCUGGUUCGAAGGAGUCUGCAACGGCGUCACCGGACUCUUCCCGGGAAACUACGUCGAGUCCAUCAUGCACUACGCUGAUUAGGGGGAGGGAGGGG